AUGUCCUCGGUCAGGAGCGCAUCGGCGCCAAUUUAUUUCGGCUCCUUUUUAGUGACUCCUCAAGUCUUCCAUCAAACAGCGCAUUCCUUUGCCCUAGUGAACCUAAAGCCAAUUCUACCCGGUCAUGUCCUCAUCUCACCUCGCCGAGUGGUACCACGAGUCUCCGACCUCACACCAGCCGAGACCAGCGACUUAUUCCUGACGGUACGCCGAGUCGGGCGCAUGAUCGAGCGGUACUACGGAGCCGCAAGCCUCAACAUUGCAGUUCAAGACGGCGUCCAUGCUGGCCAGAGCGUUCCACAUGUCCAUGCGCACAUCAUACCCCGUAAACCUGCAGAUCUGGAUCCCAUGGAUGCUGUGUAUGAUAUGCUAGACGGGGAGGAAGGUGAUGUAGGGAAAGCAUAUCGCGAAGCGCAGACAGAUUGCCCCUCCGAGCAUGAGCGAACCUCUACCAGAAGUCGUUCUCGGUUCCCUGCGGUCGACAAUGAGGAGCGAAAGCCUCGUACUGCGGAGGAAAUGAAAGCUGAGGCAGACAGUCUACGGCGAGAGAUGGACAAGGAGCCCCUCGACUAA